GCUCCACGGUCUCGCAUGGGAGGCAGAGCUAUGGGAUCCUUUGCUCGUCGGACAAAUCCUCCGUCUGGUUGCGAUCGAGCACGCUUGGAGGUGUUAGCUGAGCCUGGAGUUAGCUUUCUUCCGUUGCACGAAUGUCCUGCCACUCGAAAUCAGUAUAAGAUUCUCGCAGUGCGUCGAAAAAUGCAAGAAAUCUCCUCUUCCCGCAGGACACUCACCUUCAUUCAAGUCCCCCCUCACACAGCCUCCGGUUCCUGAUCUAUUCAUUCGUUUCAUAUCAGACAGCUGAACCCCCGGCCAAAUGCACUCUUCAGGCCUUCCCCUCCUUGCCUGCGUGCUCGUCUCAGGCGCAGGCCUGGUCUCGGGUGUACCCUUUACACGACGGAGCGUCCAGUGUUACUUCGAGCUUCCCGCCGACAGUGGGGCUACCUGCACCAGCAUGGCAUCUAGCUGGGGCAUCUCCGCGGACGGGUUCGCCAAAAUCAACCCUGGUACGACUUGUUCCAGUCUCGAGGCUGGCAAAACGUACUGCGUCAUCGGCGAGUGGACUCCUGACACUACCGCGCCCCCGGCCACCACCCCGUCGACUACCAAGAUGUCGACCGCCGCCCCGUCGACUACCACGACGUCCACCACCACCCAGCCAACCACUAAGACGACCUCUCCAGCCACUGCGAGCAACUCCCCCCAAAUGCCCGGCGUCGCCACCAACUGCAACCGCUUUUACAAAAUCCAGUCCAAUGACCAUUGCGAUUCUGUGGCCCAGAAAAAUGGCAUCAGCACGGCCCAGCUGAGGAGCUGGAACACCGCCUCGUGCUCCAACCUUUGGCUCAACUACUAUAUCUGCACUGGCGCCCCUGGAGCCGCCGCCCCGCAGCCCACCACCGCUCCCUCUGCUCCUGAUUCCAGCAACUCUCCCCAGCAGCCCGGGGCCGUUUCAAACUGCGGCAAGUGGUCCAAGGUGGUCUCCGGUGACACCUGCGACGUUAUUGCCGCCAGGAACACUGUCACCGUUGCCCAGCUCCGCAGCUGGAACACGCAGAUCAACCCUAACUGCAGUAACCUUAUGCUUGACUACUUCGCCUGCGUCGGCGUCCCUGGUGCCGCCACGCCCAUGCCCGGCAUCGUGUCCAACUGCAGGCGCUACAGCCAGGUCGUCUCGGGCGACAACUGCGACGCCCUCGCUAGGAACAACGGCAUCUCAGUCUCCGACUUUAAGCGCUGGAACACCUUUCUCAACUCUGAGUGCACUAAUCUCUGGGCCGACGCUCUCGUGUGCACCAGUGCUUAUGUAAGUAACAGCAAUUCUGGGGGAGAGCUGAAGGCUGCUACUGGGUUUAUGGAGGGACUUUUUUAUCCACCCGUAUUAAGUAGGUAUGUAUCCCUCGCUUUAUCCGACGCAAAGAAAUGCUUGUUAGGUGUAGUUUUAUAAUAUUUAAUGUCGUAAAAACUGGAAAUAAAAAACACUUGUAACGUGGGA